CAGCUGUAAAGGAGAAGACUGUGAGGAGACUCGUCUGAAGAUCUGCUUCUUCAUGAGGUUCUGGAUCCAGACUUUUCCGGCUGAGUUCAGUUUGGACCUGGGUCUGAUCCGGAUCACGGACGAGUUCAGGGACUGGGCUCAGAGGUUGGGCUUGGAGCAGCAGAGCGCCCUCCUGGACAUCUCCUCCAUCCCGUCGUUUGAUUGGAUGAGGAGGGUGACGCAGCGGAGGAGGAGCGUGAAGAAGGGGAAGACCUCGCUGCUCUUCGACCACCUGGAGCCCUCAGAGCUGGCAGAACAUCUGACCUUCAUCGAGCUCAAAGCCCUGCGCCGCAUCUCUUUUCCAGAUUAUCAGAGUUACGUGGUGCACGGGCACCUGGUGCAGAACCCGACUCUGGAACGUUCCAUCGCUCUGUUCAACGGCCUCUCCCACUGGGUGCAGCUGAUGGUCCUGAGCAAACUCACCCCACAGAGCAGAGCCGCCGUCGUCACCAAGUUCAUCCACGUGGCACAGAAGUUGCUGUUUCUUCAGAACUUUAACUCUCUGAUGGCCGUGGUGGGAGGACUGAGUCACAGCGCCAUCUGCAGGCUCCGAGAAACACACUCCCACCUGCCCCCAGAAGUCCUCAAGACUUGGUCCGAUCUCACCGAGCUCGUCUCGUCUCGGAAUAACUACGGCGCGUACAGGAAGUCGUUCUCGGAAUGCCGCGGUCCGAAGAUCCCGAUCCUGGGCGUGCACCUGAAGGACCUGAUCGCCGUGCACGUGCUGCUCCCUGAUUGGACGGAGGAAGGUCACAUGAUCCACCUGGGGAAGAUGCAGCACCUGUACGUGACCCUCAACGAGCUCAUGACCCUCCAGAGCUCCUCCCCGGGACUCGAGACCGACCCGGACCUGCUGCACCUGCUCACGUUGUCUCUGGACCUGUGUCACUCGGAGGAUGAGAUCUAUGAGUUGUCUCUGCUGAGGGAGCCCAGAAAGUCCCAGCCCUCGUCCCCGGUCUCGUCCUCGGUCUCGUCCUCGGUCUCGUCCUCGGUCUCGUCCUCGGUCUCGUCCCCGGUCUCGUCCCCGGUCUCGUCCCCGGUCUCGUCCCCGGUCUCGUCCCCGUCCAGACCGCUGGUUCCUCUGGACUGGGCUCAGGGUUUGGUCUCCAAGCCGAACCCGUCCCUGGUGAACAAACACAUCCGGAAGGUGGUGCAGUCGGUCUUCAGGAGCUACGACCUGGACAGAGACGGCUUCAUCUCGCAGCAGGACUUCGAGAACGUCGCCGCCCACUUCCCGUUCCUCCACUCGUUCUGCGUCCUCGACAAAGACCAAGACGGUCGGAUCAGUCGGGCGGAGAUGGAGGCGUACUUCCUGCGCGCUCUGCCUCUGCUGCAGAAGAAGAAAAGUCCCGGGUUCCUCCACAACUUCACCGAGAUCACCUACAUGAGACCAACGUUCUGCGAGCACUGCGCCGGCUUCCUUUGGGGAAUCAUCAAACAGGGGUACAGGUGUAAAGACUGUGGUUAGAGUCCUGGGGCCUCAUUUAUAAAACCUG